AUGCGCCCCUCUACUGUGGACCUCAACGUCCCUGAUACAACACCUGAAAAAUCACCUGAAGAAUCACCUGGCGCGUCCGGUCCCUUUCUACGUGAUAGAGUGUUUGGGGGCGCGGAGGAGAUAGGAGCUGGUGCGGAGCAUGAUGCAGCUCGUGCGGUGGAGGAAAGAAUGGUGGGUGAAGCUUGCAACGGGGAUGAAAGGGACGAGAGAGACGAGCAGGAGCAGCAGCAGCAGCAGGCAUCACGUGCCCCUCCACGGCUCAACCCUUUCCUUACCUCGCACUCCGCUUCAGCAGGUUCUCAUCUCAGCAGAGAACGAAGCAGGGAGGGCAGUGGAGGGGAGUGGAGGCAAGCAGGACUGAGUCUAGCCCCCUCUGUUGCCUCAGGUGGAUUACCAGGUGCUUCUGGUGAUGCCUCAGGUGCUUCUGGUGAUGCUUGUGCGAGACAGAAGAAGCAGAAGGUGGAGAACCGGCGAGAGGAGCGGGAGGAGCAGCAGGAGCGGAUGGAGUGGCAACACCAGAGAGAGCAGGUUGGGCAACAGUGGCGGGUGGAGGAGGGACAGAAGAAGGAAUGGGGGCAGCAGCGGCAGGGGAACGAGGGACAAAGGGAGGAAGGGGGGCAGCGGCAGGAGCAGGAGCAGGAAGGGCAGACGGGAGGGCAGCUUUGGUGGUCUAGUGAGAGGGUUGGGCGGAUAUGGAGGUCAGGCAGAGCGGAGGCACGUGGGACAGAGAGAAUGUUGGAUGGCGCUCAAGAACCUCUUGUAGGCAGGGGAGAGCGUGGCCUGGGCGCGAAAGUGGAAGGUUGGCAAGCCCGCUUUGAUGGGGCGGAGGAGGGUGCUGUGCAGGAGGGGGGUGUUAGAGAGGGGGGCACUGUGCAGGAGGGGGAGCAAGUGCGGAAGAAGCCAAAGCUGGAGUUGGGAUGGCGGCAAGAGCACCAAAACUCACGCAAUUGGAGGGAGAACGAGCAGCAGCAGCUACAAAGGCUUGGGAGCAAGGAUGAGGAAGAAUGGAAGCAGCAGGUGAACAGGCAAUUGCAGGAGCACAUCACCCAAAGCCCCCUCAAGGCCCUUACGGGUCCUCCUCCCGAGAAUUCUCCAAGCCCUGUGAAACCCCAUGAGGGGCAACACUCAGCGCCCCCCUUCCCCCUAGUGGCGUUUGAUGAGCACACCCAGGAGCAGCAGCGGAGGGAAGACGUGGGGAGGCUAUUGCGGUUUGAGACGGCUCCAAACUUCCCCUCUGUCGCGCAUAAUGAGCUAACCCAUCGUGAGCAGCAGCAGCAGCAGCAGCGGAGGGGAGAUGAGAGCCCUCUGGCCCAGAUGGACCUCAUGCUCACUGCCAGCUGGCACAGGCAGCAUGGCGGGCGGCCCUUAGCAGCGGACGCGGCAGAGAGGUGGGGUGAUGAUGGGGGGGGGGGGGAUGAGGGGGGUGCAGGGGGUAAGGCGGAGAGGUUUAGUUUUGAUGGGGACGGGGUGGCAAACCCCCAGCUUGCGAAUCAGGUGGCGCAUCUGAACAGUGUGGUGAAUAGGACACGUGGCAGCAUGGGAUUGGCUGAGGACGAGGGUAUUGCUCUGACUCUGGGGGGGAGUUUUUCGGCAGGAAAGGAAAAGAUUGUGCAAGGGGAAAGGGCGUUACUAGCAGGGCAGGUACACUUGAUGGAACAGGGAGGAGGUUUUCUGGCUGAAGGGGCAACAGCAAUCACAGGAGGGAGAGGCACUGGCACUGAUAUAGCAUCUGUUGAACCUCUUGGUUUUGCUGGUGCCGCUUCUGCCUACAGCCUAGACGGGAAUGUUCGUGGAGCAGUUGCUGCUGCUUCUGCCGUGGCUGCUACUCCCCCCGUUGCAAAUGCGGCUGCUGUUGCUUCUGCUGCAGCUGCAGCUGUUGCUGCUACUGCAAGCGCUGGUGGUGGAUCAGGCGCAACAGUAGCAGAAGGAAGACCAGCAGCGACUCCCAGCUUGGAGAAGUUUCUGCAACACUUUGAUUCUAGCUCGCGCGAUGCACGAUUGGGUGCGGCUCAGUUUGUCGAGUCUCCGUUCCUGGAGCACCUUAGGCGCACCGUGCGACAGCAGCAGCAGCAGCAGCAGCAGCAGCAGCAGCAGCAGCAGCAGCAGCAGCAGCAGCGAGAGCAGCAGCAGCAGCAGCAGCGAGAGCAGCAGCAGCAGCGGGAGCAGCAGCAGCAGCAGCAGCGAGAGCAGCAGCAGCAGCGGCAGGAGGAGAGGGCAGGAGCGCUGGCAAGCAAGCUCCACUUGCUCUCAGGCUUCACUCCAUCCAUUCCCCCACCAACACCACGAGCACCCCUUCUCGAGGCAAGAUCCCUUCAGCCAUCCUCCACUCACGCACCCUCCCAUGCAGUCUUGACCCAGCAGGCCCAUCCCUCUCUUCUCCCAACCCCACCCCCACACCAAUUUCCUCCUCUCUUCCCACCCCCCCACCAAUCCCCUCAUUCCUCCCUCUUCCCACCCCCAAUUCCACACCAAUCACCACUCUCCGCACUCUUCCCUCCCCCACCACCCGCACUAGCGCCCCCAUACCCACGCCCCCCCGUUCCAAGCCUCCUAGAUUCCAACCCCUUUCCUGCCCUGCCUCCGCCCGUGCCUCUCUUCCCGCACCCAUUCUCGCCACCUCCCACCUGGCCAUUCGUCCGGUCUGCCCCUCCGUCGUUCCUCCCUUCUCCCCCUUCGCUCUCUCUGGGCCUUCCCUCAUCUCCCAACCCUGCUGCUGCUUCCGACCCUACUGCUUCUUCGGUGGAAAAGUGGGAGGAGGGAGAGGUAGAGGGACAGGGCGAGGAACAGGGACAUUUGGAGGGCUCACAGGGGCGGGAGCAGCAGCAGGAGCAGGCCAAGCAGCAGCAGCAGCAGCAGCAGCAGCAACAGCAGGCGCAGCAGGAGCAGGAAGGGGGGGUGAAGCCGCAGCAGGAGCAGGAGCAGGUGGAAGCGGGCAGGGGGUGGGUAGGAGAUGCAGCAGGACAGACGGCAAGGGGUGGGUGUGCAAGCGCAUGGCCAGAGAGGGCUUCUUGCUGUGCCAGCACCACAUUGCCGUUGCCAGCCAGUCGUCCUCUGCCCCCAAAACAGGUGGCAGCAGGAAGAGCAGGGUGA